CAAAAUAAAAGAAAAACUGAUUGUGUUGAAAUUCUUUGCUAACAUUAUUUUUAAAAGGUAAAAAAAGUAUUUUUUGUGAAAAUGAGUACAACGGAGUUGUGGUUCGACGAUUCAUCGGACGAUGAAAGAUUAGUGGAACUAGCUAGAAGUAGGAAACAAUUGAGGGACGCAUCCAACCACCUAGAAAUGGCUUCCACUGAAUUUUUAAAGAACUUUAGAUUAUCUAAAGAGCCGUUUGUGAACCUACUGUCCAGUACAGAAAACCAGUUGCAGCAGUGCACCCGAGCCAAAUUGAUUCCAAAUAUUUUAAAGCUAGCCACAGUUCUGCGAGUUUGUGCUCAGGGAUCGUACCAAUUGAGUAUUGAUAAUGAAGGUAUGCUAGGACUUGCUCAACCCAAUGUGUACGAUGAUGCUGAAGAUAUUGAAGUGGAGUCAAAUAACGGAGAAUUAGAAAACAUAAGAAAUGAAAUUUUGAGAAUAUUAUAGAAAAAUCUAAAAAGAAUUAAAUAGAA